CGGGGAUGGUGGGCGCAAGGGGCGCCGGGAAGGGGAGUGAGGCGGGGGGGGCGGAGGGGGGAGCGUGGCUCCUAUUGGCUGGCGGCGAGGGGGCGCGGUGACGUAGUGGCGCGGCGCGAGCGGCGGCGUGAGGGGGUCGAGGAGACGCCAUGAGCAAAGCGCACCCGCCCGAGCUGAAGAAGUUCAUGGACAAGAAGCUGUCGUUGAAGUUAAACGGCGGCCGCCACGUCCAGGGCAUCCUGCGGGGCUUUGAUCCCUUCAUGAACCUCGUCAUCGAUGAGUGCGUGGAGAUGGCGCCCGGCGGGCAGCAGAACAACAUCGGCAUGGUGGUCAUCCGAGGAAACAGCAUCAUUAUGCUGGAAGCCUUGGAACGAGUAUAACCCCAGAGAACCCCCCUCGUUACCGGCCCUGACGAACCCCAUCCCACCCUUCAUUUACUCCUUGAAUCCACCCCGAAGUAUCCCCGAGUGUAAACUUAUAUUGUUUUGGGUUUGUUUUUAUUCUUUUCUUUUUUCUUAAAUAAAUUUUGUAAUGGUUGAUUUCA